GGACAGGCACUACACCUAAUCCACUUACCCGCUAUGAGCAAAGUGGCAGAGAAUUCUCCACCUGAGACUUCAGUGCACAUGUUUUCUGUGAAAUUAUCAGCAUCACUGUCACCUGUGGUCCCAGGGUUCCCCCUGAUAAUCAACUCCAGUCCCCUCACUCAGGCCUUCAGGGUGAACUGGCUGUCAGACACCGACUUCGAGGUUGUCACCACUGGGAUGGAACAAUUAGAUUUUGAAGAAGGACCACACACAUUUGACUUGCAGAUUUAUGUGAAGGAUGACGUGGCUGUCACUGACCUGCAGGUCCUGACAGUCCAGGUGACAGAUGUGAAUGAGCCGCCUGAAUUUCAGGGUAACUUGGCAAAAGGUCUAGAAGUCUACAUAGUGGAAGGAACAAAGCCUGGAUUCGUUUACCAGGUGGAGGCCUUCGAUCCAGAAGACACAAGUCAAAACCUACCCCUCAAUUAUCUCCUGAUUUCCCCUUCAAAGAGUUUCAGAAUGUCUGCUAACGGGACUCUCUUCUCCACAACAGAAUUUGACUUUGAAGCAGGACACAGCAGUUAUCAUCUCAUUGUGGAAGUGAGAGAUAGUCAAGGACUCGGAGCCUCCACGGAGCUGCACGUGAACAUCGUGAACAUCAAUGAUGAGAUCCCACGCUUCACCAGCCUGACGCACAUGUACACCAUUCCUGAGGAGCUGAGUCUAGGAAUCAUCGUGGCCCAUAUCACAGCAGAGGACCCUGAUGAUAGAGGCUUUACCAGCUUCCUUCUCUACAGCUUCACUACUGUCAACAGCUAUUUCAUGAUCAAUCAAUUGACUGGGGCCAUCCAAGUGGCACGCAGGAUAGACCGAGAUGCAGGUGAAUUAAGACAAAAUCCAGUCAUAUCUCUGGAGGUUCUGGUGAAGGAUAGACCCUCCGGGGGUCAAGAGAAUCGCAAGCAGAUAACCUUCACUGUGGAAGACAUUAAUGACAACCCCUCGACGUGCACCAAGUUCACCUUCAGCAUUAUGGUGCCUGAGAGAGCAGCCAGGGGGACGUCGCUUCUGGACCUGAACAAGUUCUGCUUUGAUGAUGACAGCGAAGCACCAAACAACCGAUUCAACUUCACCACGCCAUCUGGAGUGGGGAGAGGCAGCAGGUUUCUACAGGAUCCAGCUGGCUCUGGGAAAAUCGUGUUGAUUGGUGAUCUAGAUUAUGAAAAUCCAAGUAAUCUAGCAGCCGGCAAUAAAUACACCAUGAUAAUUCAGGUACAGGAUGUUGCUGCUCCUUACUAUAAAAAUAACAUCUACAUUUAUAUCUUAACAAGCCCAGAAAAUGAGUUUCCUCUUGUCUUUGAUAGUCCAUCCUAUGUAUUUGCCGUGUCAGAACUGAGCCCACCUAGAACCCGGGUUGGACGAGUGCAAGCGACAGAUAAAGACUUCCCCCAGAGCCGCAUCACAUACUCCAUCUCUGCUGGAGGGGCCAGCCAGCAGUAUCCAAAUAUAUUUUGGAUUAAUCCCCAAACAGGAGAACUCCAGCUGGUGACUAAAGCAGACUAUGAAACAAUCCCUGUCUAUAUUCUCAGAAUCCAGGCCACCAACAGCGAGGACAGCAGCUCAGUCACUGUUACUGUGAACAUCACUGAAGAAAAUGAUGAAAAACCAAUUUGUACCCCAAACUCAUAUUUCCUGGCCAUCCCAGUGGAUCUGAAAGUUGGCACAAAUAUUCGCAACUUCAAGCUCACAUGUACUGACCUUGAUUCCAGCCCUAGGUCUUUUCGUUAUUCCAUUGGUGCAGGCAAUAUCAACAGUCAUUUCACUUUCUCUCCCAACGCUGGGUCUAAUGUUACAAGCCUGAUUCUGGCCACUCACUUUGACUAUGCUGGUGGGCUUGAUAAGAUCUGGAACUACAAACUGCUGGUCUACAUAACCGAUGACAACUUGCUGUCUGGCAGGAAGAGAGCUGGGGCUCUUGUUGAAACUGGGACCGUGACACUGAGUAUUAGUGUCAUUCCUCACCCAACCACGAUUAUCACCACAACUCCCAAGCCAAGGGUCACCUACCAGAUCGUGAGGAAGAACGCGUAUUCUCCAUCUGCCUGGUAUGUGCCUUUUGUCAUCACUUUGGGCUCCAUGUUGCUUCUGGGUCUCCUGGUGUCCAUGAUCAUCCUGCUGGCCAAAGCCAUCCACAGACACUGUCCCUGCAAGACUGAAACGCACAAGAAACCUCUGGUGAAGAAAGUAGAAAUGAAAAACACAAAGAGAGAGGUCAUGGUGGAAACAGUCCAGAUAAACACAGUCUUUGAUGGAGAAGCCACAGACCCAGUUACUGGGGCAAUAUAUGAAUUCAACUCAAAAACUGGAGCCAGAAAGUGGAAAGACUCCUUAACCCAAAUGCCAAAAUGGAAAGAGUCCAGCCCUGCGGGAGCUGCUGCAAGAAGACCAGUCCCUCGGGAAGGGACCAGGCCACCGAGGAGCACUGACAAGGGAAGAGAUGGUCUGAGCAUCCGAGUCCAUGCUGAGGGUGCAGGCCUGGGGCCCAGGAGCCAGGCCAGCAUGCCGAGCACCCCAGAGAACAGAGCCCAGCCUUCACGAGAGGGGCAUCCCACAGACGACACCCAGAGGCAUGAACUGGGCAACACAGCGCGCGAACUUGACUGUCUGGACGCUGCGUCACCUUACAUUCUUCGAGGGCAGGGUGGGGGGCAGAAAAUGUAGGGGAUCCAGGGUCCCAGAAGGAAAGUUUGACAAACUUUAAACAGGAAUGGGUUUGAUUCCAGAGUUGCCUUUUUCUGAGAUGGCCCAGGAGUGGUUUUGCUCAAUCAUCUGUGCCUCUGAUCAGCUGGGCUGUUAACUUGAAUGUGGACUUGUGUUUCUUCUUCAUAUUGACUCUAGGAAGCCACAUUCCAUUCCAUUCACCCUUGGGAAGUGCAGGAGGCCAGCUACCUAAAUUCUGAGGGCUACCCUCCCAUCUGGUUCCACCUUUUUUUUUUUUUCCUGCCUUAAUUUUGGUGUCUUGCAGAUUUCUUCACUGACAAAUACAGUUCAACACCAUUGUAAAUCACCUCUAAUCUUUUUCUAAAGAGGCAGAGCAGUGGGGGGAAAAAAGGAUGAAUAAAUAAUAAGUUGUUCAUCUGGAAAGAAGAAAACACACUAGAUACCUUUAAUUCUUUCUCAUUAAGGUAAAACCGAUAAUGCAAUAAGAUGCACAGAUCUAAGGCACUCAGCUUGAUACCAUGUAGACUCCUGCCAGAGGCAACCACUAUUCGGGUCUUUAUUGUCACAAAUUACUUUUGCCUUUUUGGAAUUUCCUAUAAAUGGGA